CCGGAUUGCUAUGGCGACGGAUCAACGUCCGGAAGCAGUUGCGGGCGCGUAGCUUUCUUAACAUUCAAAAUAGCCAAACAGCUAUGCCCAGUUCGUAGAGGAACAACACAAAUAGUGAGAAGAUGCCUUUCUACCUCCGGAAGCUUCCCCUGGAGAUCCCGUCACCCACUGAAAAGGACUGGAUUAAAAAAGAUGAGGAGGAGGAUUUCUUCCUAAAAGACCCUGCUGAAUUCCUUGACUCUUUGCCUCAGCCUUUUCGGAUGAUCAAUAAAGUGGUGACACUUUUGUUUGAACGUGCCUGGGAAAUUAUUGAGGGGAAGCGCCCGCUACAGGAGAAGAAGGAGCAAAAUCUUGCACGCACGCUGUGCCAGCCGUCCGCUCAAUUUCAGGUAGUGGGAAGGGUAAACUGCAUGGCAGCCUCUGGAGGAUAUGCCUUCCUUGGGCUUUCUACAGGACUUUCUGUCUUCAGCAUACCCCUGUGUGAGAAGCUUUGCACUUGGGAGGCAGCCAAGCUUGAGAUUUGUACCAUCCGGAUUUCAGACCUUGGCAGUGGUUCUAAGCUCCUUGGGAUGGUAGAUGAAUUGGGUUUUGCCCGUCUUUUUUAUUUUUUCAGGGAGAACCUCUUGCAUAUAAAAGCCAUAAAUGAAGUGGAAGAUAUUAGCAAGCGGAACACAUGCAUGGCAGUGGAGCUUUCUCACGGGGGUGAUUAUGCAGGUUUCCUGCUGCAAGGCAACUCAGAGGCUUGGCUGGAGAUUUACCGAUUGCCUAAGGAUUCCUGGCUGAAGGAGGUGGAACAUGUCCAAACAGUUGCAGUCACACCACCAGUUCUGCCUUCCGCUCCAGGAUUCGUCAAGGAGACAAAGAUCAGCCAGCAAUCCCUGUUGGAGAACGCUGCGGCAAAGAGUGCAGACAUCCCAGGACCAGUCCCUGAAGAGUUGGAUUUUCAACAGAUCCUAAGCAGAGUUGAAUCUAAGCUGAUUCCCCCUGUUCUGCUGCUGAAGGUCAGAUCUCCCAAACCGCUCGCAGCAAGCCUGUUUAAGAAUCCUUUCGAAGCCCUAAUGAAGAGCGACGACGGCAGCGUGAUUGGCGUGGGACACAACCACAUGAUCAGAGAGUGCCAGUGUGAGCGGCAAGAGGCCAUUUUCAGCAGCACUUUCCAGCAGUUUCUGGAGACAGAGAAUGAGCUGGAGAGCAAAGAAGAGAAACUCAGCCGUGCUAUGUUUCAUUUUCAUUCGCCUGGCCGCACCUUGCCUGUUGGAACGGAAAUCAAAGCUGAGCCAGACGUGCCCAUCGCAUUCAGUGUACUUUGGAGCACGAGUCACAAUAUCUGUUUCUACCUUCUCAGUCGCCCGCCAAAGGAGAAACCAGAUUCCGAUCUGAAGCCAGAUGUGGUUUGGCCAUGCGCUGCUGCCAUCGCGUGCUCAGCGGUCACACCUUGCUCUUCUUACCUGGCUUUCGCCUGUGAAGAUGGGGCCAUUACUGUUUGGGACAAAUCUCUUGGGUUCCCCUUGUCCGUGACUGUGCUUCCAGAGGGGUAUGUCAUACGAAGCAUCCAGUUCAUGCCAUGUUCGCCGCCGCCCAGCGAGAAGACCCCUUGCUCUAGUAAGACCCCCGCCAGUACCAAAGUUCAGCUUCUGGUGUUGUGUACGGAUGGCUCUCUCCACUUGAUCGAAUCGAGGGCCAAAGGAUUUAACACCAAGCUACUGGGAUACAGGCCUCAGGCUCCCGGUCAGGUGAUCAGUGCUGUGGCAACCCUUCCAACUUUUCCUGAUGCAGUGCUGAUUUUCUUCUGGGAUGGCACAGUCAAUCUGAUGGACACCGCUACGCAAGAGAACGUCUGCCAGUUCAUCCCACCACCCACAUACAAAGUAGCAUCUCCCUGGCAUCCAGUUUUCUCUGUGGACACUGAUGGCCAAUUCUUGGUCCUUCGAGGGGAGGAGCAAUCUGGGGGAGUUAAGGCAGAAACGGAAACCAUCUUCCUCUUUGAUUUCAAUUCCUACUCAUCCAUGGAGACCUUUGCACUGAGGGCCACGGAGCCCCUCGAUGCCUUGGCAGAACUGCCGUGGGACAGGCGCUGCGACGUUUUCCUAAAUGACAACCUGCAGCGGCUGUCCACAAUUAGCCAGCAGAUCCCAGAGUGCUGGAGCCAGCUGCAGGACUAUGCAGCUGCCUUGACGAGGGGAAAACCAGAGGAAGUCAUGGAACAGGAGGAGUCCAGGAGUGCUGAAGAUGACACGUAAUACGUCGGCUGGGAACAGCGGAGUCGAAGGACUCAACAGUGAUAGCAGAUGGAGCUGCCGGCCAGAUGUGCUGUUGCAGAAGAAGCCAGGUCUGUUGUUCUGUUCCUCUUCGAUCCUGCAGCAUUCAAAUCAAUGAAAGGUCCAUUCAACAAAAGACAUAGAAACCUUUUUGGGAUCAUAUUGUUUGAAGACCAUGAGAUCUCAGGACUGAUGCACACAUUUUUUUUAAAAAAAAGGUGUGUACUUUUGGACCUGCAAUCCCAGUGAAGCGCUGUGAUCUUUUCAGUGCCAGGGGAAGGCUUAAACAAGAACUUUCCAAGCUUUUCUGUAUGUUUUAUUUCAACUGCUGGGUUUCUCCGGCUUUUUACAU